AUGUCGUUUGUGGUGAACACAGUGGUGGAACCGAAUGAAGUGGUGGAUAUAUUGGUGGCAAAGCUGUUGGGAAACACAGAAUUAUUGGUGAUUGCAAAGAGAAACUCAAUAGAAUUAUAUUCAUUCGAAUUGGAAAACAAGGUUGAACUACAGAAUAGUUUUGAUAUUAAUGAACAUAUCUUGGAUGUUAGGCUUAUAAAACUCUUUGAUGAUAAAGAAUUUCUUGUUUUGGCUACUGCUUCAAAUAAAUUACUGAUUAUUGGUUUCAAUUCGCUUAGUGAAGGUUUCGUACUGGAAGAAAUCAAAUUGAAAGAUGAUGAAGUAUAUCUCACGAUUCAACAAGGUACAUUAGGGAUUGAUCCUUCAAAUCAAUAUAUUGUUGUUUUCACAAAUGAAGGAUUACUGGUGACUUAUGAAUUGGAUCAGAAAGUUUCAAAAUUAAACCUCAACACAUAUUUACAUCAAAAAAAGAAGAAGAAACAAUUAUUCAAAAAACCAAUAGUAUCAUCAUUUCCCAAACACAAAAGAGAAACAAGAGAUCCUAUGCUUGUGGAGAGAUUGGUAUUGCUGAAUGAUAGAGAAUAUUCAUAUAUUUCAGUUCUUUAUAGAGAUGAUUUAUUCCAAUAUUAUUUGAAGACAUAUUCCAAAGAGAACAAUAAACUAGAUUUUUGGAAUAAAUUGAAAUUACCAGAUACUAUUAAACCAAACGUUGUAUUACCUGUGCAUGAAUUAGGUACAUUCAUGAUGAGUAAAAAUGGGGUAAUAUUGAGCAUUGCACCAUAUUGGAGCAGGAGUAGUUUCUUAGAUGAUAAAAAUCAAAAUUCAACUAUUCAUAUAGUAAAUGAUGAUCAACAAACUUAUAUUCAAAAAAAAUUACCAAUGGGAUCAACAUGGGAAAUUAAAUCUGCAACAAUAAUACCCACGAAUGAUAAUGAUGAUUCUAUAAAAUUCAUUUUGGUUACAGAGACAGGUGAAUAUUAUAUUUCAGUUUUCAAAGCUGCAAAAGAUACAAUUACUGGUGAAUUAUAUGUUGAUUCUUGGACUUUACAUAAACUGGAAGGUCAAUUCCCAGAAUCCCCUUCAAUAAUCAAAUUAUUGAAUAAUUCAAAUCAAUUUAUUAUAAAAAAUUCAUCAUCAAUUGAAAUCAAACAAUUACAUUCAGAUUUCUCAAAAUUUAAUACAUCACAAUCAUGGAAUAUAACUUCAUCAAUUUUAGAUUUUAAUAUUUCAGGAACGACAUUACCCAAGAUUCAAAUAUGUGGUGGAUCAGAUUUACAUACAGGGUUUAUCAAAACUGAAUUCAAUGGAUUUGAAACGAGUUUAACCUCGAUAUUUGAUAAUUUUAAUGAAAUUCAAGGUGUUUUAAAUAUUUGGCACAUUGAUGAUAAAAUUUUAAUCAAUACUUUGGAAGGCAUUCAUAUAUUUGAAAAAAAAUUUGGAGGAUAUCAUAAAUUUUCAAAUGAUUUUUAUGGAUUAACAAAUAUCAAUGGUAAUAUUAUUGAUUUAGGUUUUACCCAAGGUAAAUUAAUUGUCAUUACAGACCAAGGUAUUUUCCAAAAUGGAAAACAAAUUCAAAAAUUAAAUAUAUCAACUGGGAAAAUUUUAAAUAAUUUGAUACCAAUCUAUGUAUCUGGUUCAAACUUAUAUUAUAAAAAUGAAAAAUAUCCAGUAACUGAUGAUGUUUCAGUCUUGAAUAUUUUCCAAGAUAAUAAAACCAUUCAUAUACUUAUUGGACAUUGGGAUGGUUCAAUUGAAAUAUUUAUUAAUGGUAUCAAGAAAACAUUUAAAAAAUCAAAUAUGGCUAUAAAUUCAGUAUUAAUUAAAAAAAUUGGUUCAAAUUUAAAUUAUAUUGUUGGUGAUGUUGAAGGUAAUAUUAAAAUAAUGAACUUAACUGAUACAAUAAGUAUUUUAAAUAUUGGUGAUGCGCCUGUUACAAUUGUUGAUUAUGAAUCUAAUUCUAUAUUAGUUUAUAAUGUUGAAAAUUUGAUUAAAAUUGAAUUUGAUAAUGAGACAGGUGAUUUGUCAAAUCGUGGUUAUUUAAAUGUUGAAUCACCAUUAUAUUUAAAUUAUUAUCCAGAGUUAGAUCAAAUAUGGGGGGUUAAUGAUAAAGGAUUAUAUCAAAUAUCAAUGGAAAAUUCAUCUAAACUUUUAACAGAUGACACAAAAUUGAACAAAUUAGUUAGGAAAUCAAUUAAUUUUAAGAAUUUCUUACACCUAAGUUUAUUUCUAAUCAAUGGUACCACGAUAAAUCCUAAAACAAAUGAAGAAACUUGGAAUUGUGAAUUACACGUUAUAGAUAACAAUAAUUAUCAAACCAAAUGUAUAUAUAAAUUCCCUCCAGGUAUUGAAAUAACAGAUGUUGUUAAUACUCAAUAUCAUAAAGAAUUAAUUGAUACAUAUGAAGAAGAACCAAUAGGGUUAGCAAUGGAGAAUAUUUUUUCACAAUGUUUUAUUGUUUCAUGUUCAUAUACAAAUCAAGAUGAUAUAGGACCUUCAUUAAUGUUAUUUUCAGUUGAUGAAUUUGGUCAAUUACAAUAUCAAUGUUCAUCUCCAAAGAAUCAAAAAUAUUCAUUUCAAAGUUUAACAAAUCAUGGGAAUAGAAUUAUAAUUGGUGUUGGAGAUUCAAUUGUUGGGUAUAAAUUAGAUUAUUCUAUAACUGAUUCAAAAUUUUCAUUGAAAAAGAUAACUGAUGUUUAUAAGACUCGAUAUUUUACAUCACAUAUUAAAAGUUGUGGUUCUGAAAUUGUUGUUGGUGAUUUAAUCCAUGGUGUUUCUAAAUUAUCAUUAAAAGUUAAACCAAACAGAUUGGAUGAAGAAGAUAUGAUUUUCCAAUUUGAAGAAAGUUUACAAAAUUUAGAACAAGUUCAUUUUUUAACUGGGUUAGAAACUUGGGGAAAUUUAAUUAUAACUUCAGAUUCUUUAAGAAAUAUUAAAAUCCAAUUUGCGAAUGGUGAUGAAUGUUUAUUAAUUUCUGAAUUUAAUUUAGAUGAUCAAAUUAAUUGUAUUAGAUUUAUAAAUAAAGAUAAAACAGUGAUGGAUAAAAUUAAUCAAGUUUUAAUGAGUGGUAGUAUGAAUAAUGAAUUAGAUGAUAUUAUAACAUUAUUUGUGCUUGGUUCUAUAAAUGGUGGAGUUUAUUUAAUUAGUAUAGUACUUGCAGAAGAUUUAUCCAAAAUUUUAAAAGAUUCUCAAGAUUUAAUAAUUAAAUCAAAACAUGAUAAUUUAAUUAUUAAUGAUACGUCAUCAGAUGGAAAAUUGAUUGGAUUUGAACAAUUCAAGAGUGUUAAGGGAACAAGACAGACAUUAGAUCAUUCAUCAAUUGGGUUUAUUGAUGGUGAUUUGAUUAAGAAAUAUGAUGAUGAUAUAUCUGGGAAUUUAGUUAAAAGUAAAUGUGUACUACUAUGA